AUCUUGAAAUUUAUUUUCUCUCGGUGCAAUCUCAAUCUGCCGACUGAAUUCCUGGGACUGAAGGUCGGUGUGUCGCGCGAGUCGAUCGCUAUUUGGCGCCGUAUUGAUUGUGGCAUCAAGGAUUUGUCGGAAAUUUUAGAAGAAGAUGGUGGAGCCUUCGUCUCCUUCAACCACAGCCAUUACGGAUCUCGAUGACGACUCGCUGGUGCACUGUGCGAGCUCUCUCAGCCUCCAAGACGUUUCUAACAUGGCCAUGUCCUGCAAGCACCUUCGACGAGUCGCCUAUUCCGAUUCCAUCUGGCAACGCUUUUCCAGGGAGCAGUGGCCAGAAGAAUUACAUUCUGGAUUUCCAAAAACAUCAAGUAUGAGGGAAACAUACUUGGCUAGGCACACUGAUUUGCAGCAGUUUAAGUUUGUUGAUCCCUUUUUGGCAGACUUCUAUAUGGAAGCAAAACCUUACAACCAUUUACUUUUGAACAAAAAUGACAUCAUUUUUUCUCAGGGUUCACUAGUACACAUGUUGAGGAUUGACAGCUUUCUAAAUGGAAGAGAUUCCCUUGUAACACUUAGUGAUCAUAAUGCAAGAAUUACUUGUAUGCGAUUGUUUCCCAUUGAUGAAACAUCUUUAUUUAGAAGCAAGACACAGAGAAACGAAAAUGUUUUGGUAACCUCAAGCUAUGAUCACUCUAUCCGUCUGUGGUGGAAGGGAAGUUGCCAAAGAUGUUUCAGAGGUCAUAAUGGCCCGGUUUCCAUCCUGUCAGAUAAGUUGCUGGAUGAUGGUAGUGGAAAAAUAUUUGCUAGUGGAGGUGUUGAUGGUACUGUUCGCCUGUGGUCCCUCAGCUCUAGUGGAAAGCGUGGCCAACAAGCUUUAAAGGCUACACUAUUUGGGCAUGAAAAACCUGUAGUGCUCAUGUCAGUUGCCGGGCACAAAACUUCUCUUUUAGUGAGCAUAUCGAAAAAUUCUAAGGUGAGAGUUUGGGAUACAACAGCAUCAUCCGCUGUUCGUUCUUCUUGCUGUGUGGGAGUCACAUCAGUACCUGGUCAGCCUGUGGCUAUGAAAUGCCAUGAAUCAUUAGUUUAUGUAGCUUCCCGUUCCUCUGUUGAGGCCAUUGAUUUGAGGACAAUGCAGAAAGUUAUUACGGCAGCCAUCAGCCAAUCAGAAUUGCACUCAUUUGAGAUUAUGCCCUCAAAAUCCCUAAUCUGCACAGGUGGAAUUGACAGAGCAAUGCUUUGGGAUAUAAGGAGAAGCUGUGGGACAUCCAAGGCAGAAUCGAUAGCAGAGUUAGAGGGGCAUACAGGUGCAGUGAUGCAUGUGCACAUGGAUCCAUAUAAAAUAGUUACAGGAGGACCAGACGAUCCUUAUGUUCAUGUUUGGGAGACCAACACUGGCGUGCAAACAAACUCUUUAAGCUGCUCCUUUCCGGAUGUUUUGGGCUCUGGCACCGGUUGCUCUGCGAUGGCUGUGAAUGGCCGUCGAAUUGUCACUGCUAGUCAUGGUGAAGAAUUGGGUGGUAUUCGCUACAGGGACUUCACUAAUGCUACUCAUCACGUUUCCUCCAGCUGCACCGAGGCUGCCUCAAAGUUUUGGGAUCCACAACCUUACAGCGACAGCGAUAGCAACGAGUAUGAUGGACCUUAGAUUUUUCUGGCGUAAUAACUAUGCUCUUUUCAGUGUGGAAGUUGCUGUUUUGAAAUUUUGUGUCAUUGAUUCCAGCCUAUGGAUCAAUCCGGAACCAGUAUAGGCAUGUCUUGUAAGUGGUGGUGGUCAUACGGCUUGAAAGGAUUCCAACAGUAAAGUAAGAAUUAUAAGGUGGGGUUCAUCAAAGAUUUUGGGGGCGGUGGAAAUGAAAAGCUUCAAGCCAGUUUCUUGCUGAUUUCCCAGUGACAGAAAAUGAGAAGCAAAGGGAGAAAGUGCAAUUUUGCUAAUCACUACUCAGCAUGCAGCUCCCCUAAUGUCAGAUGCUAUUGGAGAAAUUAGUUUUGUUACAAACAAUUGGACUGAUAUUCUGUGACGCAGUAUGUUCAGAGAAACAUGCAAUCUGACAGCCAAUAAAGGCUUCAAUAGCGAAGAACAAGGAGUUAGGGUUUUUGUUAUGGAAAAUGCUUUUGUAGAAUGAGGGUCACACCUUGGGUUACAUACAGGUGUUCAAAUGACCAAAAUGACCUCACAAAAAUUGCAAAUUUGUUUCUCCUGCCCUUGGGUGUCUCCUCUCUCAUUUUCUUUCCACGGUCGCUUGCUGUAAUCGCUGGUUGUUGCCUUCUUCUCAUUGACUGUCGCCUUCCCUCACCUUGCGUCGAUCGUUGCAGAGAGGGAGGAUUCACGACGAUCGGCAUGAAAUGAGGCAACAAGAGGAAGGCGACAACCGACGAUUGCAGCGGGCAACCGUGAGAAGAAGGGGAAAGAGAGAAGGCAACAAAGGGUAAAGGAAAUAAAUUUGUAAUUUUUGUGAGGGUAUUUUGAUUAUUUAUGUGCUUGAGUGUAAUUCAAAGUAUAGGACCGAGUAUAUAAUAAAAUAGUCCCUUUGUUAUAAAAUAAA